GGAGGAACUGAACCAUCGCUGCACAGGAAGUAGCGGCUGCGGGGAGCAGCGGCGGCGACAGCUGGGGUUGCCGCACUCAAUGAGCGAGGCUCCCGCAGCCGCCGCCGCCGCCCGCCCCGCUCGCCCCUUCCCCGCCUCCCGAGGGCAGCGGUGCCGAGCCAGCCCGCUGCCGCCGCCGGGAGGGCACCGCGGACAGCAGCAGGCGGAGGCGGGCAAGGCCGCCCGCCCCGGGGUUGGAGGCUGAGGCGGGCAGAGGCAGCUCCAGCUCUUCCCAAGGAGGCGGCAGUGGUGGACGCAGGUAGGGAAGACCUGGAAAGAAGAUAGAGUCCUUCAAGGCCACAGAAGAAAGAAGCUUCAGGUUUAUAUACAGAAGCAAAUGAGAAAGCAAAUCCCUUGAAACAUAAGCAGUGGUACUACCCUGGAGGGAGGAGAUGGGGAUUCUCCUGUUGCUCUGAGUGUUGCCAGGUGCCAGAAGUGGUCCCCAGUGGUGGUGGACAGUUAUUCUGAGUGACGGCCCUUGCACACGCUUCUGAGUGGUUAUCAUGGGCUUCAUUGCCUUUCUGAAGACCCAGUUCAUAGUUCACCUCCUCAUUGGGUUUGUCUUUGUUGUGAGUGGACUGAUCAUUAACUUCAUUCAACUAUGCACACUAGUCCUUUGGCCCAUAAACAAGCAGUUUUAUCGCCGAGUAAACUGUCGCCUUGCCUAUUCACUCUGGAGCCAGUUGGUAAUGCUGCUGGAAUGGUGGUCAGGCACGGAGUGCACCUUGUUCUCAGACGAGGCCACAGUGAACACCUUUGGGAAAGAGCACGUCAUCAUCAUCUUGAAUCACAACUUUGAAAUCGACUUCUUGUGUGGCUGGACUAUGACAGAGCGCUUCGGAGUGCUAGGGAGUUCCAAAGUUCUUGCUAAGAGAGAGCUACUGUAUGUGCCCCUAAUUGGCUGGACAUGGUACUUCCUUGAGAUUGUUUUCUGCAAAAGGAAAUGGGAAGAAGACAGAGAUACAGUUAUUGAAGGACUAAAACGUUUGGCUGAUUAUCCUGAAUAUAUGUGGUUUCUCCUGUAUUGUGAAGGAACUCGUUUCACAGAGACCAAGCAUCGAAUCAGCAUGGAGGUAGCUGAAUCCAAGGGCUUGCCUAAACUGAAAUACCACCUGUUGCCCAGAACCAAAGGUUUCACCACUGCUGUCCAGUGUCUCAGGGGAACAGUUUCAGCAGUGUAUGAUGUAACACUAAAUUUCAGAGGAAACAAGAACCCAUCUUUAUUAGGAAUUCUUUAUGGGAAGAAAUAUGAAGCAGAUAUGUGUGUAAGGAGAUUUCCUCUGGAAGAUAUCCCUCAAGAUGAAAAGGAAGCUGCAAACUGGCUUCACAAGCUUUACCAGGAAAAGGAUGCUUUGCAAGAGAUGUAUAAUAAAGAAGGCGUAUUUCCUGGCCAGCAGUUUAAACCUCCUAGGAGACCAUGGACUCUCCUAAACUUUCUUUUUUGGGCUACAGUUCUCCUUUCUCCUCUCUUCACAUUUGGCUUUGGAGUUUUUGCAAGUGGAUCACCUCUCCUUAUCCUUGCAUUCCUGGGACUUGUUGGAGCAGCUUCCUUUGGAGUUCGUAGACUGAUAGGAGUGACUGAAAUAGAAAAAGGCUCCAGCUACGGCAACCAAGAAUUCAAGAAAAAGGAGUAACUGACAGCUGCCGUUCAGCACACAUAACCAGACUAUGGUAUCCGAGUAACUUCAGUCACAAACCAACAACAAACACUUAGAAACUAUCUUUUUCUUAAUAACUGUUGACUAAUAAUAAUGAAUAAAACUUGAGCCAAGAAUGAAGAAGUUGGAGGCAUCAACUGAAGAGAACGCAUCAAUUUUUCUGCCUGUUUAAGGAUUACUGUAGUCAAACUAUGGGAGAAAAUCUGGGGGGGGGGGUGGAAGAAGAAACUGAUUUUGGUUUUUUUCUUGCUUUGGUGUGGGACUUGGGGGUUGGAGGGAGAAAGAGGGCAUUGGCUUAUAGCCACAUGCAUCUUCAGAUGACUGAGUAUGCUGGUUUCUGUCAAGAGCACUACACUCACUUUUACUACAGGAGCCAUUGAAUGUUUCCUCUUGCUAAAGCCAACGUAAUGUUUGUCGAUUUCCAACUUUUUUUAUUAAUGAGCCAGACAAAAAAAAAAAAUGAUCUUAAAUUGACAGGUGUUCACUGGGGUAGAGUCGUUUUGGAAAGGCCGUGUUGUCAUGGCUACAGGAGAAAUCCUACUUGUAUGUUACACUGAUCCUUUUUAUUUUCAGGCAAGGUCUUAAAAGCUCUGUAAUGCGAGAGAAUGGAGGAGAGAGGAAUUUGGAAGCAGUGUGUUACUGAUCAGCACGUCCCAUAGAACAGUUCCACUAGUAUUAAAACAGUAUGAAAUUCUCUUAUCUGCUGCUAACUGCUCAAGUCUAAUUUCAAAACAUUAUUUCAGUCUUGAGUGUUUGCCCUGUUACACGUCAUACAGGUAUGACAAUUUUAAAUCUGUCUGGGCUUGUUCUGUUUUCUGAAUUGAUGGUGUCCCAGGGAUUCAGAGUUGUUCAAAGAAGGCAAUCUGCUCUGUUGGUCCGAACGUGU